AUGCCAAAGCCUUGGGUAGUAUUCGGACUGGGGACAUUGGUGCUUUUCCUCUGGCGGCUCAACAAGAUUGGGCGACGACCAAAAAACUACCCUCCUGGGCCCCCAACGUUACCGUUAAUCGGUAACCUUCAUCUGAUGCCAAAGAAAAAUGCCCACUUACAGUUUCAAAGAUGGGCAGAAGAAUAUGGGCCGGUAUAUUCGCUCAUGCUGGGAACCAAAGUAGCCAUCGUCUUGUCAUCAGAUGUUGCUGUCAAAGAUCUUUUAGACAAACGUAGUUCAAUCUACUCAGGUAGGCCGGAGCUGUAUAUGGGCCAAGAGAUUAUGAGCGGCGGCAAUCGUCCUUUGUUCAUGGGUAUCAAUUCUGUGUGGCGCAGGGUACGAAAGCUUGCACACGGCCUUCUCAACGUAAAGGUCUCUCGAACCUAUGUUCCAUAUCAGGAUCUUGAGUCUAGAGACAUGCUGAUGGGCCUUCUCGAAAGCCCAAAAGAUUUCUUGAACCAUAUCCGUCGUUAUACCACAUCGCUAACCACACAGAUGGCUUUCGGGUACCGCACUCCAUCAAGCGAUGACAAAGGUUUACUAGAAAUGUUCGAAAAUUUUGAUGAGCUUUCCAGGUUGACUGGUAGUCAGUCCGCCGCUAUUCUCGAUUUAUAUCCUAUUGCUAGAAUUUUACCUGAUUUUCUCCUUCCGGCUCGGCGGUUGGGAAGAGAGUACUAUGAGAGAGAGAAAAAGUUGUUCAUGAAGCACUUUUUGAACGCCCGCCAGCAGUUGAAUAGCGGAACAUCAAAACCAUGCUGUGCAAUUGAUCUUCUUCGGGCGCAAAAAGAAUACGGGUUCUCCGAUGAGUUUGGCUGCUACUUAAGUGGCUCUCUCCUCCAGGCUGGCUCUGAAACGACGGCUAUCAUAUUGACCGGCUUCUUCCAAGCGAUGCUAGUCUUUCCUGAGGUUUCUAAAGAAGCCCAAGAGGAAAUCGAUCGUGUGUGUGGAGAUCGUUUGCCUGAUCUAAAUGAUUAUCCAAAUUUACCUUAUAUCCGCGCUUGUUUGAAGGAAAGCUUGCGCUGGAUGCCUGCUACUGCCCUGGGCGUACCACAUGCUGUGAUCCAAGAUGAUUCGUAUCUUGGUUAUCAUAUUCCUAAAGAUGCUGGAUUGAUACUCAAUGUCUGGGCCAUUCAUAAUGAUUCAAAGCGACAUCCCGACCCACGAAGAUAUAACCCUGCCCGUUGGGCGGGUGAUAACCAAAACUCUGCCCAAGCAGCAGUCAACCCUGACCCCACCAAGCGUGAUCACUUUGUUUUUGGGGCCGGUCGAAGAUUGUGCCAAGGAAUGCAUAUUGCCGACCGAUCACUCUUUUUGGCUAUAUCUCGUACGCUCUGGGCAUUUGAUUUGAAGCGACCGGUGGAUAAGGAAACAGGACAUGAGAUUAUCCCAGAUGUUGAUAACAUCAAGGAUGGUCUCUUUAUAUCCCCUAUGCCUUUUGCAGCCGAUAUUGUUCCUAGAAGCGAAAGCCGGGCUGCAGCAGUCAGGCAAGAAUGGGAGAAUGUGGCUGGAUUGCUUGAUGAUGACAUGCAGUGGAAGACCGUCCCGGAAGGUCUCAAAUGGAAAGAUUAUGAGCCUCUGGAUGACGAGAAUGAAGAUUUGCUGGAGUCUCUUUCCUAA